AUGACAUGUGUUUGUUUCAGGAUGUACACUGAAGAGGAAGCUAGGAAAUUAGGAGUGGUCGGCUGGGUUAAAAAUACCAGCCAAGGAACUGUGACAGGCCAAGUUCAGGGCCCAGAAGAUAAAGUAAAUGCAAUGAAGUCCUGGCUGAGUAAAGUUGGAAGCCCAAGUUCUCGUAUAGAUCGAACAAAUUUUUCCAAUGAAAAGGAGAUUUCCAAGCUUGACUUCUCAGGAUUUAGCACUAGAUACUGA